AACUGUGGUACCUAACUUCUUAGAGCACCAGCUGGUGAGCAAUGCACGGAGCAGACCUAUAACCAACUUACAUCAUUUUCAUCAUGAAGGUAACCGCAGUGCCAGUACUUCUGACCUUGGCUCUUUGCCUCAUCCCAGAUGCUGCCAGUGAGGAAGAAAAUCAGGAAACAUGCAAUGAAUAUCGGAUAUUGAUGAAAAAUGGGAAGUUGUUCUGUCCCCAAGAUAAGAAACUUCUGAAAAGUCCUGAUGAAAUACGGUUCCUCAGCAGAUGUGCCACAUGCAAAAUGAUACUGGAAAAAGAAGCUGAAAUCCAGAAAAAGGCCAGGCACUUAGCAAGAGCCACCAGGACCAUGGCCCCAGCAAAGUUGAAUUGCACUGAUUUCAAGAAAGGAGAAGGAGAUGGGGACUUUAUCUGCCCCCUUGAGGAUGCAGCUGUUUGUGGCACAGAUGGGAAAACAUACAGCAGCAGGUGUGACCUGUGUGCUGAAAACAUUAAAACCAGGUCUCAAGUUGGCAUAAAAAACGAAGGGGAAUGUGAAGGCAGCAAUGCCGUGCAGGAUGUCUGUAGUGCUUUCCGGCCUUAUGUGAGGGAUGGGAGACUUGGAUGCACAAGGGAAAAUGAUCCAGUUCUUGGUCCCGAUGGAAGAACACAUGGCAAUAAGUGCGCGAUGUGUGCUGAGCUGUUCUUAAAGGAAGCUGAAGAAAAUAGUAAGCGACAGGAUGAAACCAGAACUCGACGAAGUGCUAAAGAGGAUCUUUGCAAGGAAUAUGAAAACCAAGUGAGGAAUGGCAGACUUUUUUGCACACGGGAGAGUGACCCCAUCCGUGGCCCUGAUGGCAGAAUGCAUGGCAACAAAUGUGCCCUGUGUGCUGAAAUUUUAAAACAACGUUUUUUAGAAGAAAAAAAUAAACCAGGUGAAACCGUGAGGAAAACUGAAGAAAAAAUUAAAGUUAAAAGAGAAAUUGAGAAACUCUGCAGUGAAUUUCAGGGCCGUGCAAAGAAUGGAGUACUUUUCUGUACCAGAGAAAAUGACCCUAUCCGUGGUCCAGAUGGGAAAAUGCAUGGCAACCUGUGUUCUAUGUGUCAAGCCUUCUACCUAGCAGAAGCAAAAGAAAAGAAAAUAGCACAAGCAAGAAAUAAGAGAGAACCUGGAAAAGUUCUUUCAUUUGCUGAACUGUGCAGUGAAUAUCACCAGUUUGUGAGGAAUGGCAAACUCCCCUGCACCAGGGAGAAUGACCCCAUCCAGGGCCCAGAUGGAAAAGUGCAUGGCAACACCUGUUCCAUGUGUGAGGCCUUCUUUCAAGCAGAAGAAGAAAAGAAAAAGAAGGAAGCUGAAUUGAGAAAUAAAAGGCAAUCUGAGAGAACAGCUUCCUUUGAGGAGCUGUGCAGUGAAUACCGUAACUACUUGAGGAAUGGACGACUUCCCUGCACCAGGGAGAAUGACCCCAUCCAGGGCCCAGAUGGGAAAAUGCAUGGCAACACCUGCUCCAUGUGUGAGGUCUUCUUUCAACAAGAAGAACGAGCAAGAGCAAAGGCUAAAAGAGAGGCUGCCAAGGAACUCUGCAGUGAAUUCCGGAGCCAGGUGAGGAAUGGGAUGCUCAUAUGCACCCGGGAGAAUGACCCCGUUAGAGGUCCGGAUGGAAGAAUGCACGGGAACAAGUGUGCCAUGUGUUCAAGUCUGUUCAAACUUGAAGAAGAAGAGAAGAAAAAUAAUGGCACAGAAGGAAAGGAGAAAGGUACAGCUGAGAAAGUGAAGAGAGAAGCAGCACAGGAGUUGUGCAGUGAAUACCGUCACUACGUGAGGAAUGGACGACUUCCCUGCACCAGGGAGAAUGACCCCAUUGAGGGCCCAGAUGGGAAAGUGCAUGGCAACACUUGCUCCAUGUGUGAGGCCUUCUUCCAACAAGAAGCAAAAGAAAAAAAAGAAGCUGAAUCCAGAGCAAAAGUGAAGAGAGAAGCUGAAAAGGAUAUGUGUGGUGAAUUUCGGAGCCUUUUGCAAAAUGGAAAUCUUUUCUGUACCCGAGAAAAUGACCCUGUGCGUGGCCCAGAUGGCAAGACCCAUGGCAACAAGUGUGCCAUGUGUAAAGCAGUCUUCCAGAAAGAAGAUGACGAGAGGAAGAGUAAAGAACAGGAAGGUCAACGAAAUGCCAAAGAGCAUGGUCCCAAUGGUGGUGGUGGAGGAGGGAAAGCUCAGGACCAAUGUGCUGAGUUUCGGAAUAAUAUGAAAAAUGGGAAACUCAGCUGUACACGGGAGAGUGAUCCUGUACGUGAUGCUAGUGGCAAAAUGUACAACAAUAAAUGUUCCAUGUGUAAAGAGAUACUGGAAAGAGAAGCAGGUAGAACAAAUAACUAUUCUGGCUACAGAGCAAAUGGGACUGAAUCAGCGUCAGGGAAGGGCAAGUGUGAUGAGUUUAGAAGCCAAAUGAAAGAUGGAAAACUCAUCUGUACCCGAGAAAAUGACCCUGUCCGUGGUCCAGAUGGCAAGACACAUGGCAAUACAUGUAAUAUGUGUAAGGACCAACUGGAAAGGGAAGUAGCUGAGAAAAAAAAGAAAGAGGAGGGUGGCAAGCAAAACACAGGAGAAAAGAGCAAGGAAAAUCAGGACCGGUGUCAUGAAUUCCGGACCAUGGUGAGAGAUGGGAAGCUCCCCUGUACCAUGGAAAACAACCCAGUGCAAGGCCCAGAUGGCAAGAUGCAUGUCAACAAGUGCGCCAUGUGUCAGACCAUCUUUGAGAGAGAAGCUAGUGAGAGAAAAAGGAAUGAAGAGAAAUCACAUGACAAGCCUUCAAGUGAUACAAAGGACCAGUGUAAAGAAGUCCCGAAAAGAAUGGAGAAUGGAAAGUUUGGGCAGUCUGGGCAUUCCUCUGUCUCCGUUGACCACAUAAGUGAAGAUGAAUGUGGUAACUUUCGGCAGUACCUGAGGAAUGACAACCUCAUAUGCACUCGAGAGAAUGACCCCGUGCGUGGUGCUGAUGGAAAGUUAUAUAAAAACAAGUGUUACAUGUGCAGAACUAUCUUUCAAAAAGAAGCUUUGGAAAGGGCAAGACUCCAAGAGAAAACACCCCAACCUCGAUCUUCUGAAGAGGAAGACAGUCUGAAUGCUGAGAUCUGCCACAAUUACCGAAUAGUGCCCAAGAUGGGUUACCUUUGCCCAAAGAAUUUGCAGCCUGUGUGUGGUGAUGAUGGUCAGACAUACAACAAUCCAUGCAUGCUCUGUCAUGAAAACCUAAUACGCCAAACUAAUACACGCAUACGCAGCCAGGGGCGGUGUGAGGAGAAUAGAAUCCCAGAAACAACACCUCUCAGCACGCCAGCAUCUGACAAAUGAUGUGAGUAUUGGUGAAAGCCAUGAGGGAAGAUACAUGUUCCAAUUCUGGACUGCCUACCUUUACCAUCUGUAUAUACAGAGAAUUCUUCAGAGCUCAUCGUAUUCACUAUAGAAAACAAUAGAGAGCUGUUGAGGGAAUGGACUCACUGACUUUCAGUCUUCUCCAUCUUUUUCCUCCUAUAUUCUGUGAACAGAGAGCACAAGAGGCAUCCCCACCCAGUCUGUGCUCUGCAGCCUCCCAAUCACGAUAUUGUUCCUGCCAUUAUUGUUCAAUAAACGUAAACCCAGCAAAACA